GCUGAUUAAUAGUUUUGAUAGUCCUGUGCAGCUGGAGCCAGACCGCGACCAUGACGCUGAGAGUGGCCGCUCCGCUGUGUCUGCUCGCCGCUGUGUGGAUGACGGAGUGCGCGCCUCCGACCUGCUACUCCAGGGCGCUGAGUCUGAGCAAAGAAGUCAUGGCUCUGCUGGAGAAGAUCCACACCUACCACCGCACGAAAACAUGCGCUGAAGUCCUGCCCACGAUCUUCAUCGAUGUGCAUAACUCGUGCGUCACCACAAAGCUGCGUGACCUUCUCUACGUGCUGCUGAACCACCCCAGCCAGUACUGCAGGGAGCGUCCCAGGAUGGUGCUGCUCAAGCGUAAAGUCCAGAGCCUGCACACCAUCAUCACCAGAAUGUGCUAUCGGGACCUGGUGUUUUUCACAGAUGACUGUGAAGCCAUCGACACUGGCCACAGCAGCCCUUACUACGCAGAGGACCGGCUUCAGCUUUUGCAAGAGGAGAGAUGAGCAGCACAGACACCACUCUAUUACACUCAUAUAAAACACAUAUCAACAACAACAACACUACGUACAAUGUGUCUUUGACUUUGGCAGGACACGCUGCGCUGGAGCUCAUGUUAGAGGACAUGUGUGAUUACAUUCCAGCAAGGAGUGCUGAACUUUCCACAGGAAACUUGCCGAAUGCCAACCGUACCUAUGAAAACCUUGAAAUAAUAAACUAAUAAGAGACGCUUGUGGGCCCUUUAACCACUGCUUACUCAGCAAAGGUCCAUGCGUCAUUAAGAGAAAUGUGUUGUGUUGCAUUUACCCUUGGCCUGACAUUUAGUGGAGUUGAACGUCGUGUUUUUAAGUCUUACGUGAGGAAAUAGGCGCCCUUACAUUGCUCUGGUUGCACACUGUGUUCCCGCAGAGCAAAUAUGUUUCUAAGCAACUGAAUACCAGGACAAAACAUCACAUCUCCAUCAGGCAAAACUAACCUUUUUUCUUAUUAUCUAAACUAUUCAAUCAUGUACAACAAUUACUAACUUGAAUUUGCCACAGAAUGUUACUAGUGUCUUGAAACUCUGUUCUUCUUAAAGAAUGAAGUAUCUGAAUCCUGAACGACUAAUGGUUUUUGUGGAGAAUAAACUCACUGUCAUGGACACAUUAGAAAGUUAGGGCUGUUCUUUGUACAUCUCCAUACAGUAUCUCUCAAUAAAACUCAUUGAUAUACA